AUGAAUCCUGUCCGUGUGCUCGUAACACAUGCAAAUACUAAACUUGAAAAGCCUUAUGAUGAAGAUAGUCUUGAAGGAAAAUAUUGUGAGAAUGAAGGUUCUCAAGAAGAACCGUCAUCACAACAGACAAAUGAUAGUUUUGACAUUGAUAAGGUAGAUGAAGAAGAUGAUGGAACGUUUCAAGGAGUACCACUGUCAGAUAUUCCAAAUAUAUGUCAACAAUCACCAACUAUAUCUGAUAUGAAAGAUAUUCGCGAUCGUAAUCAUACAUUUCUAAUAAAAGUAUGUAUAAUGACUACGAUAACAAGUGAUGCAAUAGUUCUGCACUAAUUUUAUGUUCAGUAUAGUAUGUCGGUAACUUGUCGCAGAGACUUGAUACUUUUUUUGUUAACAAGAGUAAAGUUUCUGUUGCAGAGCGAUACAAAAUUACUUCGUUCAAAAUAUUUACCGAAAGCUAAAUAGUUUUAGGAACAUUUUUGACUAGAAAAGUUCUCUGCAUCGAAGAAAACUUCCAUCCGCUAAGAAAGUUCGUAUUAUUUUUCAUCUUUUAUCGGCAUUUUCUAUCGCUCUCAUGUGUUUUAAAAAUGAAUAUGAAACUAUAGAGUAACGAUCGCUUCAAUAUUUCCUAUUAAAGUCUUGAUAGUAAAACUAAUCCUAGUUUUUUUCGUAAACAAAAGAGUUAUCGAACACAUAAACAUGCAUAAGAGACGAUAUAUUAGUGAAUUUAAACAAAAGUAAUGAACACUUCAAGAGAAUCACGCAAGAUGUCUCGAGCUCAUUGACAUUGCUAAAAAAUUAGAUCGCAAUUUUUGCUAGUAUAUGUAUUAGUUGAACGCGAAACUAGAACCAAAAACUUUUCCUUAUCAGAACCGGAACCAAAAACGAUUCAACCCGCUCAUUACUUGUUCAAAGUCGACAUUUUUAUAAUAAUUUUUACUAUCCAAAAAUAAAGCUUUUUCCAAAAAUCAAAGUUAGUGAAACCCCAUAUUUUAUAUCCAAAUAAAGUUUAAGAAGUCUUCAAGAGAAGCACAUUAUAUAAAACAAAAUAUUAGACUAUGAGAAAAACUUCAUCGGAACUUGUUGAGAUUAAAUCAUCAAGUUUUUUAAUAAAACAACUUUUACCUAUUGAAUCUGUAGUUUUGUAACUAGAAUAUUUUGAUAGUACUAGAAACUUUGCGCUGUACAAGU